GACUCCUCCAUUUCCGGGUCAUUUCCCUGCAGUCGAAAUGGAAUUUCCUCCUCACCGUUCUUCAAUUUCUCUUCGAUCUCAUUUCUCGGAGCCCUAUUUUAAUCUCUCCGCUCUUCCUCAACUGCCCAUUUCUCCGCCAUGAACUAGCUCGUUCGCCUUCUUCUCCUCGCAAUUUCCCUGCAGGAACCUCAAAGUUACCAUCCAGCGACCGAUUCGUUGUUUAAGGAGCGGCGCACAUCAGCCCUGGGAAUUGAGGAACGGCAAGUAUGGAGACCUACCUGAACGAGAAAUUUGUUGGCGGUGUGAGGUCCAAGAACUCGCCGGACGAGGCGCUCCAGCGAUGGAGGGACCUCGUCGGCGUGGUGAAGAAUCCUAAGCGCCGGUUCCGCUUCACCGCCAACCUCUCCAAGCGCUCCGAGGUUGCCGCCAUGAAGCGCUCCAAUCAUGAGAAGUUGCGAGUUGCUGUUUUGGUUUCAAAAGCUGCACUGCAAUUUAUUCAAGGUAUCGCUAUGCAAGGUGCAUAUAAUGUACCUGAGGAAGUGAAGCAAGCAGGCUUCCAAAUUUGUGCUGAUGAAUUGGGUUCAUGUGUCGAAGGCCAUGAUGUGAAGAAGUUGAAGUUUCAUGGUGGUGUUAAUGGUAUCGCGAACAAACUUUCUACAUCACUAACAGAUGGAUUAACUGCUACUGAGGAAGAUUUAAAGCGCAGAAGAACUAUCUAUGGCGUGAAUAAGUUCACUGAAAGCCCAGUCCGAAGUUUUUGGGUAUUUGUUUGGGAAGCACUUCAAGACAUGACUCUCAUCAUUCUUGCUGCAUGUGCCUUUAUCUCACUAAUUGUCGGCGUUGCCACAGAAGGAUGGCCUAAAGGUGCACAUGAUGGCCUUGGAAUUGUGGCAAGUAUACUUUUGGUUGUCUUUGUUACUGCAACUAGCGAUUAUCGGCAAUCUUUACAAUUCAAAGACUUGGACAAGGAGAAGAAGAAGAUAUUUGUACAAGUUACACGGAAUGGUUUCAGGCAGAAAAUCUCAAUCUAUGAUGUUCUUCCCGGUGAUUUGGUACAUCUUGCAAUUGGGGAUCAAGUUCCUGCAGAUGGCUUGUUCGUGUCUGGUUUUUCCUUGUUGAUCAAUGAAUCCAGUCUAACAGGUGAGAGUGAACCAGUUGCCGUGAAUGCUGAGAAUCCUUUUCUUUUAUCUGGCACAAAGGUCCAAGAUGGAACUGGUAAAAUGCUGGUGGCUACUGUUGGCAUGAGAUCACAAUGGGGUAAACUGAUGGCUACCCUCAGUGAAGGAGGAGACGAUGAAACUCCAUUGCAGGUCAAGUUGAAUGGAGUUGCAACUAUCAUAGGAAAAAUUGGAUUGGUCUUUGCAAUCGUGACAUUUGCAGUGCUAGCUCAAGGUUUAAUCAUCCGGAAAUUCCAACAGGGUUCAUACUUGAGCUGGUCAGCUGAAGAUGCAUUGGAGUUGCUUGAGUAUUUUGCUGUCGGAGUCACUAUUGUAGUGGUUGCAGUUCCUGAAGGACUUCCCUUAGCUGUGACCUUGAGUCUUGCCUUUGCCAUGAAGAAAAUGAUGAAUGAUAGGGCACUGGUCAGGCAUCUCGCUGCUUGUGAAACUAUGGGCUCUGCUACAUCAAUUUGCAGUGAUAAAACAGGUACAUUGACCACCAAUCACAUGACCGUAGUGAAGGCUUGUUUAUGUGGAAAUGUUAAGGAUGUCAAUGAUCAUGGAAACUUGAAAACCAUAUUCUCUGAGAUACCAGAUGUUGUUCUAAAAGUACUUAAACAAUCUAUCUUUAACAACACCGGUGGAGAAGUUGUCAUCAACCAAUCUGGAAAGCGUGAAAUCCUCGGAACACCAACUGAGACCGCUCUUCUAGAAUUUGGCUUGUCAUUAGGAGGCGAUUUCCAGGCUCUGCGCCAAGAAACUAAGAUUGUCAAAGUAGAACCUUUUAAUUCAGAAAAGAAAAGAAUGGGAGUGGUUCUUGAGCUUCCUCAAGGAGGAUUCCGGGCCCACUCAAAAGGUGCUUCAGAAAUCGUAUUGGCUGCGUGUAGCAAAGUACUAGAUGCAGAAGGGAAUGCUGUUCAGCUCGAUCAAGCAACAGCGAUCCAAAUGAGGACUACCAUUGAUAGCUUUGCCAAUGAAGCUCUGCGCACUCUGUGCCUUGCUUACAUGGACGUUGGGAAUAGUUUUUCAGCUGCCGAACAUAUUCCUGUUGAAGGGUUCACUUGUAUUGGAAUUGUUGGUAUCAAAGAUCCUGUCCGUCCCGGUGUUAAAGAGUCAGUUGCAAUUUGUAGGUCUGCAGGGAUCACUGUGAGAAUGGUUACUGGGGAUAACAUAAACACCGCAAAGGCCAUUGCUCGAGAAUGUGGUAUCCUCACCGAUAAUGGGGUGGCCAUUGAAGGUCCUGAGUUCAGGAAUAAGAGUCUAGCGGAAAUGAUGGAUUUAGUUCCCAAACUCCAGGUGAUGGCUAGAUCUUCUCCAAUGGAUAAACAUACCUUGGUGAAGCACCUGCGCACCACAUGUGAUGAAGUUGUCGCUGUGACUGGCGAUGGUACAAAUGAUGCGCCGGCACUCCAUGAAGCAGAUAUUGGCCUUGCAAUGGGUAUUGCAGGAACUGAGGUGGCUAAAGAAAGUGCUGAUGUUAUCAUUCUCGACGACAACUUCUCAACAAUUGUUACCGUGGCAAAGUGGGGCCGUUCGGUAUACAUAAACAUUCAGAAGUUUGUGCAGUUUCAACUUACUGUUAACAUUGUUGCUUUAAUUGUUAACUUCUCCUCGGCCUGCUUAACAGGACAAGCUCCUCUCACUGCCGUUCAGCUACUCUGGGUGAACAUGAUCAUGGAUACACUUGGGGCACUUGCUUUAGCCACCGAGCCACCUAAUGACGAACUGAUGAAACAAUCUCCAGUCGGAAGAAAGGGAAAUUUCAUAAGCAAUGCGAUGUGGAGGAACAUCUUAGGACAAGCCUUUUACCAGUUCAUUGUGAUAUGGUAUCUUCAGAGUCAAGGCAAAGUAGUAUUUGGCCUCGAGGGCCCUAAUUCUGAUCUUGUGCUCAACACUCUCAUAUUCAAUUCGUUCGUCUUCUGUCAGGUAUUCAACGAGGUCAGCUGCAGAGAGAUGGAGAAAAUAAACAUCUUCCAUGGCAUAUUGCAGAACUAUGUGUUUGUUGCUGUCCUUUCUUCGACUGUCAUCUUCCAGUUCAUGAUCAUUCAGUUCCUCGGCGAUUUUGCGAGCACCACUCCAUUGACUUCGAGCCAAUGGCUUUCCUGUGUGCUCAUUGGGUUUCUCGGAAUGCCAAUCGCCGCCAUCACCAAAAUGAUUCAAGUCUGAUUCAGAAAGAAAGAAAGAAAGAGAAUGGAAACCUUUUGAAAGUCUCCUAAUUGCUGAUUGCUUCAUUUUUUGUGUGAUAAGAUGCGACUUUGAAUGAUGUUUAAGUAGUUUAGUAGAUAAUCCUACGAGAUGCAUGAAAACGUUAUAAUUUUUAUGCUAACUUUCUUUAAGUCUUCUUCUUGCCGAGGUUAGCUAGUCCUGUUAUGUUUCUUUUAUAUUUGACAAAUUUCUAUUGGAUAUUGUUUUUUUUUUCUCAAUUUAA